AUGAAUAUUGAAAAAAGUUCUUAAAAACAUACGACAAGUUCUAAUAGUUCGCGUAGUUCUUCGUAAUUAUAAAGAAAUAAUGAUAAUUAAAUAGGAAAUUAAGAUCAAGAUCAAGAUCGAACAGUUAAAGACGAAAUAAAAACCCAGAAAAGACAGAAUCCACAGAUGAUAAAUAAGGAAGUGAUUAAAAUUAAAAGAUUGAAUCAAAUAUACCUUAAACAACAAGAGGAAUGAGAUAAGUAACAAAGAUUUAAUAUCAAAAGUUAACAUUUAUUAAAGAUUUACCAAAAAGACCAACUAAAUGUCCAUAAUAUCCAUAGUAGUUUAGAGAAAUAAGAUUAGUUACUAAUAAUUUUAGUGUUAGAUCUAAAAGAAAUGGAAUCAUAGUAGUUUAUUCAGUCAAAUUCUUGCCAUUUAUAGAUCCGUACUAUUUAUUUCAAAUAUAAGAUAAAAUAACAAUUUAAAAAGAGAAAUCAUUAAAAGUUAAGAAGAAGCUUUAAGAGAAUUUUUAGGUCCUUUUGUUUAUUAUAGUAAUACUAUUAUUGGAGGUAAAGAAUCUGCAACUUUUAAUUUUAAAUUAGAAAAACCUAUCAAAUUUGAAUCGUAAAUAUUUAUAUAUCAAUUCUUUUAAAGUUAAGAAUACUUUUUAGAGAUUAAAAAAGUUAAAGUCAUUAAUUUAUAAGAUUUAGAAAAUCCUAAUCCUAUCGAGGCUGAUAAACCUUUAAUGUUUUUUAAUUAUUUGAUAAAAGAUUUUUUCAAAAAUUUAAAAUAUUAAGAACAUGGUAAAACAAGAAAGUUUCAUGUAAUUUGUUAUUAAUAAGAAUUUAGGAUAUAUCAAGAAGAUAACCAAUACCAGAAACUGAAUUAUCUGUAAUUCCAGGUUUUGCUGUUAACUUUUAAACUAAUGAAUAAGGAUUUAGUUUUAAAAUUGAUAUCAGUCAUAGAAUUAUAAGAACGACAACAGUUUUAUAAUAUAUUGAUUAAAUUUGGAAAGAAUAAGCAAAUAAGUUAUAAAUUGAAAUUAUAAAAUAAUAGGUUAGCAAAAGAUGAAUUGAGAAAAUAUGUAACUCAUAUAAUGACAAAAUAACUUGUUUUAGCAAAUUAUGGAACUUAUAGAACUUAUUCUGUAGAUAAUUUACUAUUUGAUUAAAAUACAGCAGAAUUUUCUAUAGAAUUAGCAGAUUCAAAAGGAAAAUAAAUAUUGAUAACAAUGGAUUAAUAUUUUAAAUAAAGAUACAAUUAUGAUAUAAUAAAUAAGAGAGCUCCUUUACUUGUAAUUGAAGAUUCAAAAAGUAAUAGAAAAGUAUAUUUGGUGGCUGAAUUAUGUAUUAUGGCAGGAGUUCCUGAUAAUCUAAAUGAAUUUACUAGAAAAUAAAUAUAAAAAGAAUGUUAAACUAAUCCAAAAGAUAGAUUUGAAAAGAUAAAAAAAAUGUUAUAUGAAUUAAUUAAUCGAUAACCUUCGACUGGAUUAACUAUGUAAAAAUUAAAGGAAGAAUUUGGUAUUGAGAUUAAUACUGUUCCAUAAUAUGUAAAAGGCAAAUAAUUAAGACCUCCUAAUAUAAUUUUUGGAAAUUAAAAUGUUUAACCUUAAGGAGAUAAAGAGAAUUUUUCAUUUAACUGUAAUAAUUAAUCUGCUUUUAUCAAAAGAUAUGAAGUUAGAAUAGCAAUAAUUUCACCAUAUGAUUUUGAUUGUGAAGAAUUUACUUAAAAUAUUCAUGAAAUAAUAUAAAAGUAUGGAAUUAAAAUGGGGGUUUAAACAUAAUGUCAUUAUUUAAGUGGAUAAAGAUAAAAUUAUAUUGCUGAAAUUGAAUAAACUAUUAUGAGGAAUGUUCCACAUACAACCAAUAUGAUUGUUAUAGUAUUGAAUAGAUAAAUGAAAAAUUGUUAUGCACCAUUAAAGAAAAUGUGUAUGUCUGAAAAGUUUGGAGUUCUUACAUAAAUGGUAUAGAGUGAUUCAAUUUCUAAAUAAAAAAAAGGAUUGUUUUCCAUAAUUCAAAAGUUAGCUAUUUAAAUGAUGGAUAAAGUUGGAAAUUGUUUAUGGAGUGUUUAAUUACCAUAGGUAUUUGUUUAAAUAACAAUAGAAAUGGCCUGAUAAUAUUAUGAUUGUUAGUGUUAUUAUUGAAAAAAGUAAAUUUGCAGGAAUGCUUUCAAGUGUAGAUAAAUCUUAUUCAAGAUAUUACAGUUAAAUGAGUACUAAGAUUGUUGAGAAAUGUCUUAUUAAAGAUAUUGGAGAUAUGAUGAAAGCUUGCUUUUUAUAAUAUAAAUUAGAAAAUGGGUGUUUUCCUCAAAAACUUAUUUAUUUUAGAGAUGGAUUAAGUGAAGAAUCAAUAUCUCAUUUAUUAUAAUAUGAAACAAGAGAAAUUAUUCUAGCAGCUAAUUAAUUAUGUUAAUUUGGAGAUUAAAUCAUUAUCAUAAACAUUUAAAAUACUAAUAUUACUAAAUUGUUUAGAGAAGAACGAGAUUAAUAUUUUAAUGCUUCAGCAGGAACUGUUGUUGAUAGUGAUAUCACAACUAAAAAUUAUGAAUUUAUUUUAGUUCCUGUUUAUAGUUCCAGAGGUUGCCCAAAACCAAUAUUAUAUCGUGUAAUUUAUGAUACAUUAAAAAUACCUAUGGAAUAAUUAUAAGUUUAAAUAAUAUUUAAAAUAUAUAGGAUUUUGUUUAUGGACAAUGUUAUAAUUACUAAAAUUGGACAGGAUCUAUUAAACUACCUGCUAUUGUUAAGAAUUGCUAAAAAAUGAUUAAGUUCUUAGUAGAAAUAUUGUAAGCAGAACCAAUAAAUAAAUUAAGGUCAUCAUUUUAUUAUUUAUGA